ACUGGAGAUACACGCGUUUAACUCUAGAAUUUUUCCAAGACAAUAGCAUUGCUCCGUGAGCCCACGAACCGCAUCGCAGUUCGCGGGAUUGUUUGUUCCCCAGUAGAUCUAUCGGAACAGUGUACACACGGUAGCAAGAUUGUGCCGAGAACUUUGUACUUCUUUUAUUUCGACUGGUGAUACGACUCAGUGCUAAUGAUUGAUUAUCGCUCAUUACUGACUUGCACAUUACUCAGUUAAUAUCUUCCAGCACGAGAUCAGAGUUUCUGUCAAUUCCUCAUCAUGGUGACAAAUAUAAUAAUUUUUCUGACAACGUUGUGGGAGGGGCAAUUGCUUAACGACAAGGACACGACUACGCACGCGAAGUCAAGUGGCUUUUACAUUUAAAACUUUUGGGAGGCAGAAAAAAAGAUGGAGGGGAUAUCAACUCUUCUUUCUUAUAUUUUGCCAGGCCAUUCCAGAUCCGUAACUGCUGAUUAUCAGUUCCUACAACAGAGCUGGCUUCCGACGAUGCAUUUCCAGGCAUCGUUACCACGUCUACCCGUUCCAAAGUUGGAGGACACGUGUAAAAAAUAUUUAACAACUCAAAAAACAAUUUUAUCUCCGGAGGAAUUUCAACAAACAGCAAGAAAUGUUGAUGAAUUUCAAUUGAAAGAAGGUCCACAAUUGCACCAAAAACUCAUAGAAAUUGAUGCUGAGAACAAGCACACGAGUUACAUCAGUGAACCGUGGUUUGACAUGUACUUGAGUGAUCGUAGACCACUUCCAAUUAAUUUUAAUCCUUACAUGAUAUUUUAUCAGGAAAAAAAUGCAGCGUAUAAUUCACCUCUGGUCAAAGCCACUAAUAUUGUGAUAUCAUCAGCCAGAUUCUUACGAGCCCUAAGGGCUGGGCUCCUAGAGCCACAAAUAUUUCAUAUGAACAAGAAAAAAUCAGACACUAAAUUGUUUAGAGUUGUCACGCGGAUUUUACCAUCGAGGAUAGCAACUUACGGUGCAUAUUUAUUCAAGGCUUUUCCACUGGAUAUGUCGCAGUUCGAGAAUCUCUUUGGAACUACGCGAAUCCCGGAAAUCGGAAAAGACAGAAUCACCAAAGAUCCCAAUGCCAGACACGUUUUAGUAAUGCGCAGAGGUUAUUUCUACACAUUCGAUAUUCUCAACGAAGACGGUAGCAUUCGUUCUCCUCACGAAAUAGCCUCCUGCAUUAAUUCGAUACUAAACGAUCCUAGAGAACCAAAUCUAUGCCCAAUUGGAAUAUUGACUACCACAGAACGUAAUCAGUGGGCUCAGAAUCGCCGGCACUUGGUAGACAUUGGUAAUGCAGAUGUAUUCAGAAAAAUCGAUACGGCAACAUUCCUGCUAAUCCUGGAUGAUGAUCUAGUAAGCGAAGAUUUCCCUGUACUGGUACGACAUUUUUUGCAUUCGGAUGGCUGCAAUCGCUGGUUCGACAAAUCGUUUUCCUUAAUUAUAACUGGGAAGGGGUGGUCUGGAAUUAAUUUCGAGCAUUCUUGGGGUGAUGGAGUGGCUGUUCUCCGAUUUUGUCAAGACAUGAAAAUUGAUGUAUCAAUGCGACCUCACUUCCAUCCGGAAGAGCAAGCUCACCUACCAUCUUCAUCCCCAGACGUGGAAAAACUUGAUUUCAAGAUUGACGAUGUCGUAAUGGAGUCGGUAAAUCGCGCAUUAAAAGAAUACAAACAUUGGACUCUUGAACGACUAACGACAAAGCACCUGCUUCAUAAUAUAUUUAAUAAGAAACAGUGCAAGAAUGCCGGAGUUAGUCCUGAUGCGAUAAUGCAACUGUCCUUUCAAUUGGCUCUCUACAAACUCGAGAAACGCGCUGUGGCAACGUACGAGUCAUGCAGUACCUCAGCUUUCAAACACGGGCGCACUGAGACCGUGAGAUCGUUCACUGAGCAAACUAAGGCCCUGUGCAAAGCCAUUGUAGAGAGGGGCACAUCUAACGUAAAUAAUAAGGAGUACAAAAAAAUGAUGAUCGAGUGCAGCAAAACACAUGCUAUGCUUACGAAGGAGGCGGCGAUGGGCCAGGGGUUCGACAGACAUCUGUUCAUGUUGAAGCGAAUUUGGCAGAAAUACUACGAUGGAGAACCACCUGCAAUUUUCAAAGAUCCAGCGUUUACCAAAUUGAAUGAAAAUAUUUUAUCAACUUCUACCUUAAAUGCUUCGGUCGUGAUGGGAGGAGGGUUCGGUCCUGUUGUGGAGCAUGGGUACGGUAUCGGCUACAUGAUCGAUGACACCGAUCUGAGCAUUCGAUUGGCCGUAGCAAGCUACAAACAUAAUCGAGAUGCUUCGGAAUAUAUCGCCUCGCUCAUAUCAGCAUUCGAGGACAUCGAGAGAAUUUUACUGAGUGAAUAAAUCCCAAUACUUCAACGAUAUUGGAUUUUAUAUGUUAAUAUUGGAGUAUUCCGAUGUGUAUUAAGCUAGAAAUGGGUAUUUACACAGUGAUUUAGACCCUUUGAGCUAUCGCAUUUAUUGACGUGAAGACUCAGGUAAAUGUACGAGACCUUUCAUUCUUUUCGUCGGGUGUAAGGUGAUCGUAUAAUUCAAAGUCUAGUGAACCACUUAAUGUUGAAGGCUCGACUUGCGCCACCACUUGACACAAUCCCAACAAAUGCCAGCAAAUUUCGCAAAAACUGCAUUUACGGGGACGGUCACCCCUUCUACGGAUGACAAAAUUAAACAUAAAAAUGUUAGAGAAUUGAUUAGCAAAAACUCUUGAAUUUCUAUUGGGUUUUCUGUUCUUUUUCUUGAGCUUUCUUUGCUGCAGAAUUUCCGUGGUCGCCAUUUUCAGUUUUCUCAUUUGAUUUUCUCGAUGGCGAGAAACAAUCACAUUAAGAAAAUUCAAAAAUUUGAGGAAUUAGCGAAUUGUAGAGAAUAUCUGAGGACAAUAAAUUACAUAGAAAAAUCGAUUCCUCUCAAUUUUUCUAGUAAAUAGUUCUAUAUAAUCAAUUAAAACCGAACAAGAAGGUCACUAGACAAAGCCGAAAAAAUAGCGAAAAACGUAAAAAUGGAUUUUAGAAUAUUUCGAGAGCCUUAUUAUUUAUAUUAUUUUUAUAUUAUUUUCUGGGAUAUGCGCAAAAAACGGAGUGUUCGGUCUUAUACACCAAUUACCUAACAAUUACGAGACUUAAUUACAUUUCUUAGUAACAAUGUGCAAUACUAAUGCCAAAGUUCCAAAGGGAAAUAAACAAUAUGAAUUUCCAAGGUGGAAUAUUUUAUUUCUUUGCAUUUCAUACGUGUCAUAUUUUUCUACAGUUAACCAUAUCAGUUAAUAAACUAGAAAUAUUGUACAUGCUUAAUACCAAGUUUCUUCUCUCUUCUUCUCAAAAAAAUAAAUGUAUACAUAUCUAUAUUCA